ACACGAGUCAUUUUCUAGGAGGACAGUUUCAGUCUGAUGGUUGAGUUUUUCUCACCUGCAUGUCUCAGGAAGAGUCACUAAUGGAUAUAUUAUUUUUACUUUGUAUGGUCUCCGCGACUUUUACAGGAACGGCAGGUCAGCGAGUGAAGGUGGACCCAGAGGUGUUGUCGUAUCCCGGCCAGACAGUCAACCUACGCUGUGCCUUCACUGAUGCCACUGGCAUUCAGCUCACAAUGGUCACGUGGAUCUACGAGCCGAAGGAUGGAGAAAGGAUCAACAUCGCUGUGUUUCACCCCAACUUUGAUCCCAACUAUCCCAACUCAACUGUGAAGGGCAGGGUCAGCUUCUCACCCAGUCCCCCAAACAUGGUCAGCCCUUCCAUUCAGAUUAACAAUGUUAGGAUGACCGAUGAGGGGAAGUACAUCUGUGAAUAUGCUACCUACCCAAAUGGCAACGAGCAGGGCAUCACCUAUCUGAUCAUGCUGGAGCGAGUUGCCAAUGUAACAGUAACUGCCAACACCACAGACUUGGUAGAGUUCAGCAGAUCCCUCAGUCUGUCCUGCUCCUCCUCUGGGUCCUCCCUCUCUUUCCUCUGGCUGAACAUCAGCUCUGAGGUUACAGCCAGUGACAGAGUUCAGCUCACUGAUGGAAACUCCACUCUCUCUAUUGUCAAUGUGACCCGCGAUGACCAGGGACCAUUCAGGUGUCAUGUCUUCAAUCGUGUCAGUAAUGGCACCAGUGCUCCAGUAAACCUCUCCGUCAGCUUUGGCCCAGAAAAUAUCAUUUUGAAGCUGUCUCCACCACAAGAAUACUAUGAGGAAGGGUCAAACGUCAGCCUGUCCUGCUCAGCUGUCUCCAGACCCUCUGCUGAGUUUCAGUGGUUUCGGAAUGAAAACCUGCUGUCUGAUACUGGACCGGAGCUCAGACUGAUGAACCUUCAGGAAAGUCCGAGUGAGAAAUACAGCUGUCAGGCCUUUAACAACAAAACUAUGAGAACUCAAACAUCUCCAUUUUCAGUCAUCCCGGUCCUAAAGCGAGUUGCCAAUGCAAAGGUAACUGCCAGCAGCACAGACUUGUUGGAGUUCAGCAGCUCUGUCCGUCUGUCCUGCUCCUCCUCUGGAUCCUCCCUCUCUUUCCUCUGGCUGAACAUCAGCUCUGAGGUUACAGCCAGUGACAGAGUUCAGCUCACUGAUGGAAACUCCACUCUCACCAUAGUUAGUGUGACCCGUUAUGAUCAGGGGCCAUUCAGGUGUCAUGUGUUCAAUCGUGUCAGUAAUGGCACCAGUGCUCCAAUGAACCUCUCCAUCAACUAUGGCCCAGAAAAUAUUAUGUUGACAAUAUCUCCAUCACGAGAAUACUUUCAAGAAGGAUUAAAUAUCAAGCUGAUGUGCUCAGCUGUCUCAAGACCUGCUGUCCAGUUUCAGUGGUUUCUGAACAGAGACCUGCUGUCUGAUACUGAACCAGAGAUCAGACUGAUGAACAUUCAGAUGAGUCAGAGUGGGAACUACAGCUGUCAGGCCUUUAACAACAUAACUAUGCGGAAUGAAACAUCUCAGCCCUCAAUUGUCUCUGUACUGGAGAGAAUAGCAAAUGCCUCUGUCAAAUCAUCAACAAACCAAACAGUUGAGGGAACCUCUGUCAACUUCACCUGUGAGGCUGCUGGCUCUGUCUUUACCAGAAAGUGGAUGAAGGAUGGCUCAGAGCUGAUCCAGACUGACGACAUGAUACUUCACAACAAGAACAGAAUGUUGUCUUUUCAACGUCUAAAGAAAACAGACAGUGGAGAGUAUUCCUGUAAAAUCAGCAACCCUAUCAGCAGUGAAGAAGCUAAAUACAUCAUGGUUGUUAACUCUGAACGACCUUCAAGUUUUUUGGCUGGUUCCAUCGCUGGAAUAGCAAUCGCUUGUUGUGGCAUUGCUGGAGCUGGUGCUGGUGGAGUGUACUACAUUCAUAAAAAAUUAAAACAGACAAAAAAAUCCCCUAAUAGAGACACUGGCACAAGAACAGGAGAUGAAGGCCAGAACAACGCAGCAUACUCAGGAAGUCAGGAGCUGAACUAUGCAGACAUCAGGUUUUUCCAGAACAAAGAUGGUGGGACAGUCCAGCUGGAGUUACAGAAUAACUCAUCAGAAUACUCUCAGGUCCGAGUCAAUAACAGGUCUCCUGCAGGCAGGAGGACCUCCCCUCCUACCUAUGAUGUCCACAUGCAGCGAAUGACGAAUCCUGCUCCUCAGUUUGAUGUUAAUGGUGCACAAAUUUAUGCUUAGGUGCGCAUGGAUUCAUCAUAUUGGAUAUGAUGGAUCAGCUGGUCAGGUUAGACAAGGCCAGAGGCAGCUAACUUGCUGCCAGAGUAACCUGCACUUCCCUCUCAGUUCUUUAUGGAGGACUAAUUUGGAUUUGAGUUUACUGAGUCAAAGCACUUCAGCAGUAGUAAAUAAUCAACCAACUCUGACAGUUAUUGUCAUGACUGAGGUCAGAAGGCACAAUGUUGUGCUGUUAGUUUGCAUAGACUAUAUAUAAUAGCUUCCCAAUCUUUUUGUUCAGCAUUUUAUUAGCAGAGUUGGUGCAAACUUCAAUUACCUUAGUGAAAAUAUUCUCUUUCGGUGAUUCAGUUGUUUGCUUGAGCACAAUGUUUGAACCUGGUCUGGUGUAAUAUUUGACUCCAGAUGUUUUCAGUUGAGAUUCCAGUUUGUACCUUGUCAGUUAUUAAUUAAUUCUUAUAUUUAUUUAAAAUCUUAAAAAAAAUGCU